GAAAAACACUGUUCAACUUUUUCAAUCACCAAACUUCUGUUAGAUGUCUGAGGUUGCUGGGCCCUCAUAUCUUCUCCUUUCCCCCCAUGAAAUCCCUAAUAUUGCUCACCAAGUAAUCAAACCUAUGCCAUGCGAGUGGGAAGGGUGUACAGUUAUUCUCAACAGUUGGUCUAAUCUGACAAAGCAUACCUUAAGACAUUGUGAUCGCACAUCUAACAUAGAGGGACAGUACCAAUGUCAAUAUCUGAGAUGUGCAGGUCGUGUGCAUGCCACAAAAGAGGCACUCAAAGCACAUGUGGACCUCAGCCAUCUGUCUCGUUUCACAAUUAGUUGUCCAGUUCGAGAUUGUGAGCGAGUUUUUCCGCGAGCAUCUCAACUCAAGUCUCACUUCGAGACUGAUCAUGAAGAUCUCGUCAAUAUGCCCAUGGCUCGGGCCUUUGACAAGCUCGUUGCUACUGCACCACCAUCACGACGAAUUUUGACUCAUCCCCCACCAUUGCCGUCGCAACAUAAACUACACAAUUGGCAGUUCACUAUUCCUCUCGUCUCACUGCCACCUCACAAACCAUUCGGUUCACUCGCGUCGGCAGAACCAAUUACCCGAAAAUGGAGACGAUUAGAUGCGCCAGACGAGGAUGACUCAGAUUCGAACCACAUCAUUCCACUCGAUGAUCUGGUCCGCCCAGUACCGAGUCCGUCCCAGCAAUCGAAGGAAAUUGUCCUCAACCUACGAAGGAAGCUACCGUUAUUAAACGAGAACCAAAGGCUCUCGUAUCCUCAAUCCAUGCCUCGCCCACCUCCGCGUGAUGAUUUCGUUCCUACGACCAUCGGCAUCUCCAUCUUCGAGCGGAAAUUUGGAGAGCUUGCGAAAGAUGGAGUGGUCAAUGGAGAAGUCUUGCGAAUGUAGCGGUGAGAGACAGAGAACCAUGGUUGUUGAUUGGCUAUUAUCGUUGUCGCAUCAUGUACUGUUCGUCGUCGUGUACUGUCAUCAUUGUCCCAUACAGCUACCGUGACUGGUGCUAUACUCUACGCUGCAAAUAAUCGUAGUAUUGUACUACCCUUGCUGCGGCGGAUGUCUCAAUAUGACCUUUCUUUCUCGCUGUU